AUGAACUCCACCAAAAGAGAAACUCAGCGAGCUAAUCUCUACGAUGUGUGUAAUGAUGGGAUUCGUCGAGGGGUGUUAUUAAAUCGUAAGAAGAUUGCGCGUAAGAAUAACUCCUUGGCUAAGGAAGGCUCUCAGUUGAUUCUUGACAAUGACAAGGAUGAUGAUGAUAUCUAUAGAAGUCGUGGUAUAGCCAUACCACCAGAUGAGGUUCUACUGGCUCAAAGUCAAACCGGGAUUAAGAUUCCAAUACGUCAUAGAGAGGAAUUCCCUAAAGAUGCGCCACUCCCACUGGCUGAACUUCUCAAAGCUAUACAUUAUUAUGCCAGUAAAAGAGUCUCUAAACUCCCUUCCGAGGAUAAAAUUGCUCUUGAACGAUCAUUAGAUGAGACUGCCUUAUUGGGAUUUGGUGUUAUGGUUGAAGAGUUGGCAGACUCAUACAUAGAUGAAAAUGGAGUUGAUAUAUUUGUGGAAAAUGAUGAGGACAGUGAAGACAAAGAAGAACAAGAAGAGGAGUCUGAGGAAGAAGAUAAGAAUGAAGUUGGAGCAGAUGAUUCCACUGAAAUUUCCUCAGGAAGUGAUGAUGAAUAA